UUUUUUUUUUUCCUGCAAUUUACGAACCUUCUCUCGCCACUUUUCUUGUUCCGCGCUAACUAUCCAAAAGUAGCUUGUCGGUGGGACCCGCGAUCUGAUCGCAAUCACCGUGAUAACUAAUUAGCGGCAAACAUUUUUCUUCUCAUGUCGGUUUUCUUCCUCCUUGUCUUCGCUUUGCGCCGGUAGAGUUUUCCGCGAGGAAGGGAAAAACUCCUCGACGACGCUGCGGUACAUGAUCGGGAUGUCUUCCCCGCCGAGAGCGAGGGGACCAGAAGCCAAGUGGAGGCCAAUGAUGACGCUGCGUUGCUGAGAACGAUGGGCUACAAGCCAGUUCUCCGAAGAGCAUAUGGCUUUUUGGAAAACUUCUCGACAACUUUCGCGGCUUUGUACUUUGUUGGAGGUGUUAGGGUCACUUUCAGUACCGGUAUUGCAGCGGGUGGUAACUUGGCAUACUGGACGAGUUACCUGGUGACCAUGGUCUUCACUUUCAUCACUGCUGCCGUCAUCGCAGAGGUGUGUUCUGCGUCUCCCUCAGCAGGUUCCAUUUAUCUGUGGGCUGCAGAGGCCGGAGGUCCCCGAUUCGGAAGACUGCUGGGCUUCGUUGUCGCCUGGUGGAGUACUACUGCCUGGACAACGUUCUGUGCUAGUAACACUCAGGCGGCUACUAAUUAUAUGCUCUCGGAAAUUAACGUCUUCAACCUCGACUUCCCGACUGACACGGACAAUGUCAAGUUCCGUGCCGUCCAAUGGAUUGUUACCGAGGUGCUCCUGGCUCUGGCUGCGCUCAUCAACUUUAUACCCCCGAAAUAUUUCCGCUGGGUCUUUUAUAUUUCUUCGGCCUUUGUUCUGCUCGACUUCGUGCUGAACAUCAUCUGGCUGCCCAUCGCCGCUCACAACACAUGGGGUUUCCGGACCGCUCAUGAGGCGUUCAUGACAACGUAUAACGGCACUGGAGCACCUGCUGGCUGGAACUGGUGUCUGUCGUACCUAGCGACUGCUGGAAUCCUCAUUGGAUUCGAUGCUUCUGGUCAUGUGGCAGAGGAGACGAAGAACGCAUCCAUUUCAGCUGCCCGGGGUAUCUUUUGGAGUACCGUCGUCAGUGGAUUUGGUGGAUUGGCUACUAUUAUCUUGUUCCUGUUCUGUGCGCCUGAUGCGGAUACUCUCUUCAGCUACGGGGCACCGCAGCCAUUUGUGCCUCUAUAUGCGGCGGUCCUGGGCCAGGGUGGGCAUAUCUUCAUGAACAUUGUUUGCAUCAUCGCUCUCUGGUUUAACACCGCCAUUGCCAUUGUUGCCUCGUCCCGUUUGGUCUUCGCCGUCGCCCGUGACGGCGUCCUCCCAUUUUCUGGAUGGGUCUCGCGCGUGUCAUCUGCCGGCCAGCCACGCAAUGCAGUGAUAGUUGUGUGGUUUGUUGCUGCCGCUGUCACUUGCACUAUCCUGCCAUCCAGCACGGCUUUCACAUCAUUGAUCUCCGCGGCGGGUGUCCCCUCGGCAGCCGCGUACGGACUCAUCUGCCUCGGCCGGCUUCUCGCCACGCCUAAGCGAUUUCCCAAGCCGAGAUGGAGUCUAGGUCGAUGGAGCAAGCCAUUUCAGUUCAUUGGCAUUUUCUGGAACGCAUGGGUCGUCGCAAUAUUAUACUCGCCGUGGGAAUUUCCCGUGACAGGUGCUAAUUUGAACUACGCACCUAUCAUCAUGGCUGGAGUUACGAUCUUUGCACUCAUUUCCUACUUCAUCGUGCCAGAGGAUAAAUGGUUGCCGGCGAACCGCAUAUCGCAUUUCAUCGACAGCAAGGGCGUCACCACAACGAUCGAGGAUGUUUCCUCUUCUGCGGAAUAUGACGAGCAUGUCGACACCAACGUUGCGUCGAGCUCGAAUAAUGCCAAAUGAUCAAUAGGAAGCACGUCCUUGGUCAUUUCAUAUACGGAAGAAAAAAGAUAACUCGUAUCUACUGGAUUGGCAAAGCAUACCGGAUAUAUAAUACUUGCAUGAUAUAUACAGAGAUAGACGGCCGACACACUAGAAUCGACUAUCAAGUAUCGAUUAAUUGAAAAGUUCAAUCUAAUUCAAGCCUUAAAUCAUCUAAGAAAGAGCAGUCAUAUUGAACAACGAACUGGACCCUAGCAUAUGAUAUACAAUAAAAAGCUCUCGAAAAGAAUA